CUGCGUUGGGUCUUAGCGUUGGGUCUCUGUCUAAGACAGCGGCUCAGAGCUGUCAGGAUGAGGCUCCAGGCCCUCAUGCGGACAGGGACGGACAGCCCCCUGAGCUGGCUCUCGUUACUUCCUGCCAUUUCCCCGGGUGCUUGCAGGUGCCUGUGUGCGCCCUGUUCCCCUCUCCCCGCUCAGCUCUGUAACCUCAGCCUGGGCCCCCGUAGUUCCUUCUGGACUCCCACCUUGACUCAGGUGCCCUCUCAUCGCGUGGCCCCUGUAGCGUGUAUUCCCCUGAACUGGAGGUUUCUCUGUGCUCCCCGCGCUCACCCCCAAUAGACGGCGGUCCCUGUGGGACCCUGUCUGUCCGGCAGGCAGGUGGUGCUCAGGAGGUAGUGGUCGGAUGGCUGAUGCCUUCACACUGGAUUCUUUUCGUUUCUGGAACAUCCCUUCGCUCGCGAUUGUCCUCGGUCUCUCCGUGUCCAUCGGUGCCCCUCGGGCGGGGAGUUGGCUUCUCUCCACGCCUUAGUGUCCACUGAGAGCAGUUCCACGUGUGGCCCCCACCAUGUCCCCCGACAGUGGCUCCGAGGGUGAGCCCUGCUGGACUGGAAGGGCCUGUGGCUCUCACUUCCCAGUUUGUGACUUUGAGCCCCUGGAAAGCAGGGACAGUGCCUGCUCGGCAUCUAAAGGCACAGUGCAAAGGAAGGGCUUAAAUAAUUCUAAAACCACUUGAGUAAGUGACUCAGUUUCUCUAAAUAUUACCACGCGUCCUCUGUGAGGGACGUGAACAGGAGUACAGUUGUGAUGUGUACCACCCAGGAGACCUGAGGGGCAGGCGGGCCCCGGCGGGAAGGCCGGCGGGAAGGCCGGCGUGGCGGAAGAGCAGGCUGCUGGAGCCCUGGAGGGGAGAGCCAGGCAGGGGCGAGGAAGGGCACUGAGCAGCCACCGAGGUUUGAGGGGAGGAACCUCCCCCCUGUGGCUUUGGAGCCCUGGCUGCUUGGAGAACUGGUCAGGGAGGCGGUGCCUGCGCCCUGGGUGGGGUGUGGCAGGAAGAGGAGGGAGUGGGUGGGCUCGACAUGUGUUUUGGAGGCAGAAUGAACAGGACUUGCUGAUGGUUAGAUGUGCGCUGAGGGAGGAAGGAUUCAGUGGUUUCUGGCAUGAGCACCUGUGGGCCAUGGUGCUGUUUACCAAGACAGGAAAGGCUAGGAGGGGGUGGGCCGGGGCAGAGACAAAAGCCUGAGGUUCUGAUUUGUGGAGUUGAGGCCUGAGCCGUCUGGCAGGGGUGAGGCCGAGGCAGCUGUGUGUGGCCACAGACGCGGAUGGGAGACAGCGGGUCGGUGUCAGCGAGAGGAACGCACAGGAGAAAGGGGAGCGGUGAUGCCAGGGGAGGAUGGAAAGGCUUGAGAGGCGAGAGGACAGGGCUGUGCGGGUCCCGUUGCGCCCCCUCCUGCUGCGGCUCCUGCCGGGGCACUUGUGGGUGGUGUCGCAUCAGCUCCUCAGGUCCCUCCCGAGCCUGAGCCGGCCUUUCCACUCGCUGAGGAAGGCAGAUGUUACCGACUGGUCCCAUUUCUCAGACUAAUCUUUAUACAGCAGCUUCUCUAGCGUCCCCUGGAAGGAAACAGCUAAAAACCACCCGCUCCUGCCGCCCAGAUAGCUGGCCCGGCCGUUUCUGGAGGCGGCUUCCUGCUCGCUCUCGCCCCUGCGCCUCCCCUGCAGGUCCUGUUGGGAACUUGCUGCAGGAGCCUCGCGACGCACGCCCGCCGGCCUGUCCUCCAGGCGAAGCCGACCUCGGAAGCCGCGGCGUUGGCGUCCUGCUGCCGCUGUCACAUCACUUGCUCCCGGGCCAGGGCCAGCGGCAGGAGGCGGCCCUCGGAGGGGCCUGGCUGGCCGGCUGCUGCAGCGUUGUGGACGAGCAGGAGAUGGCAGCACAGCAGGAUGGUUAUUGGAGGGGCCAGGCACGCGGCUGUGACUAAUCAGAGAACUUCUUCCUCAGCCAGUUAAUACAGGAGGCAGGUUCCCACAUGAAAUCGAGACUGACAGCCCAUCUCCUGCAUGUGGAAGGCAGAGCAAUGGCCUGAUGCUCCAAAAUCGCUAGGACAACACUAAAGCUGAAUCGCAGCUGUUCUUGUUGAGAAAUGAGCCGCCAGACUGCGACCGCGUUACCCACCGGGACCUCCAAGUGCACGCCGUCGCAGAGGGUGCCCGCCCUCACGGGCACCACCGCGUCCAACAAUGACCUGGCCAGUCUCUUUGAGUGUCCUGUCUGCUUUGACUAUGUGUUGCCACCCAUUCUUCAGUGUCAGAGCGGCCAUCUUGUCUGUAGCAACUGUCGCCCAAAGCUCACGUGUUGUCCAACCUGCCGGGGCCCCUUGGGCUCCAUUCGCAACUUGGCGAUGGAGAAAGUGGCCAAUUCGGUACUUUUCCCUUGUAAAUACGCCUCUUCCGGGUGUGAGGUCACUCUGCCCCACACGGAAAAAGCCGACCACGAGGAGCUCUGCGAGUUCCGGCCUUACUCCUGCCCCUGCCCCGGCGCGUCCUGUAAGUGGCAGGGCUCCCUGGAUGCCGUGAUGCCGCACCUGAUGCACCAGCACAAGUCCAUCACCACCCUGCAGGGGGAGGACAUCGUGUUCCUCGCCACGGACAUCAACCUGCCCGGGGCGGUGGACUGGGUGAUGAUGCAGUCCUGCUUCGGCUUCCACUUCAUGCUGGUCCUGGAGAAGCAGGAGAAGUACGACGGGCACCAGCAGUUCUUCGCGAUCGUCCAGCUGAUAGGAACGCGCAAGCAGGCGGAAAAUUUUGCUUAUCGACUCGAGCUAAAUGGCCAUAGGCGGCGAUUGACUUGGGAAGCUACUCCCCGAUCGAUUCAUGAGGGAAUCGCAACGGCCAUUAUGAAUAGCGACUGUCUAGUCUUUGACACCAGCAUCGCACAGCUUUUUGCAGAAAAUGGCAAUCUAGGCAUCAAUGUCACUAUUUCCAUGUGUUGAAGUGGCGAUCAAACGUUUUCUGGCCAGUGUUUAAAACCAUUGCGUUCAACUUCACAGAGAAUAGGCCCCCUCUGCCUGCCCCCCGAGACUUUUGGUAGGUGGAGCUAGUCACAUGAAGGGAAAUAAAUGGAAAGGCUGUUAAAUACAGGAAGCGGUUGCAUGUAGUAACACUAAUAUAUUUAAAAUAAGUCAACAGUAAACCACUGAAAAAAUAUAUAUAUACACCCAAGAUGGGCAUCUUUUGUAUUAAGAAAGGAAGCAUUGUAAAAUAAUUCUGAAUUUGUGUUGUAGAUUGAGUGUACUAUUGAGAAAUACUGGGUUUUUGUUUCUGCGUGAGUGUGUGGGAGCGUGUGCGUGUGCUUGGGUUUUUUCCUUUAACUGACAAGCCAUGUUGAGUGGUCUUGGGCCACUGCUUCCCCUCUUUUGAGUCAAUACAUAGUGCUGCUGUGUGUGUAUAUAUUUUUUGUGUGUAUUUGCUAAUUUUUAUUAAUUCUAGUUUUUCAUUAAAUAAAUUUGACUUUCUUUUCUGUAAUUCAAGCUUUUCCCAUUUUUUUUUGUACCUUUUUAAAGUUAGUGUUUUUUUGAUAUGCAUAAUUUGUUUAUGGUAAAGUUUAUACAUGUGUGUUCCAUACAUGUUUUUUCUCCCCAUUAAUCAGUUCAUUAGAAAUACUUUAUAUUCAGCCUCUUGUGAAGACACGAGUUCCAGAAAGGAGAGGUAACAUCGGAAGAAAGAUCAGAAGCUACUUAAAGCAGCUAGAAGAUGGUUGGUCGGUCGGUCUUUUUCUCUUUUUUCCAGUUGAGUCACGCCUUCAAACUUAUUCUUUAAAAGGUAGUAGGAUAUACUGAUUUUUAAAAAAAUAUUGAAAAAUCCCCUCCCUCCCCCCAAUAUCUUGGACAAAUCACAUGUUUAAAAUUUGUUCUCAUAUUUAUUGGUUUUGCAAAAGAAGGCAUCAUCUCACAGUAUUUGUAAUUAAAAGCAAAGCAUUUGUUUUAAAAAAGGCAGUUUGCAAAAAAAUGUUUUUUGGUCUUUUAUAAUUCUCAUUAAAAGAAUAUCUGGCAAAUUGAAAA